AUGAGGCUCCCAGUGCUGUUCGCUUCCCUCCUCUGGCUCUGGGCCUUCUUGGCCAAGGAAGACGAGUGCCACUCCGCGGAAGGGAGCCCAGCCCGGGAGUGUGGAGGACCGCCUCUGAAAGUCAACGUCAGCAGCCAGGGGAGACCGACCAGCCUCUCUCUGAGCUGGGCAGCCCCAGAGCCAGGCCGUUUCAGCCAUGCCCUCUGCCUCACCUGUCUGCACCCCCUCGGCUCUCCUGAAGGGCGGCCGCUCCAGGUCCACACCAACGCGUCCAGCUUUGAGUUCCAGGGCCUGGUGCCAGGAAGUCGCUACCAGCUGGAAGUGACCACCCUGCGACCGUGUGGGCAGAAUGCCACUGUCACCCUCACUGUCUACACUGCCCCAUCGACCGUCUGCCACCUGCAGCUCCAUAGCCCUGGGAGCCCAUCCAGCCUGGAGGCCUCGUGGGGUGCUGCCCCAGGGGUGCAGGAUGGCUACCAGCUUCUCCUCUACCACCUGGAGUCCCAGACAUUGGCAUGGAAUAUCUCCGUGCCCCCAGGCACCCUGUCCUACAACUUUAGUGACCUGCUACCAGGUAGCAAGUAUGAUCUGGAGGUAACCACCUGCGCUGGCCACCUCCAGGGGAAGACCAGUGUCCAGCAGUGGACAGCCCCCCUGUCUCCGGAUCAGCUGGUGCUCUGUGCUCUGGGCACCAGUGCACUGCGAGCCACCUGGACGGGUCCUGCGGGCGCUGGCUGGCUAAACCUGGUGCUCACAGACCUCCUAGGUGGCACCAGUCAGACCGCGGUGGUCAGACAGGGGGUCUCCAGUCACACCUUCCUUCACCUCUCUCUGGGCACCUGCUAUGAGUUGGUGCUCAGCACUGCUGCUGGGCCCCAUCGGGUAGUGGGGCCCAAUGCCACCGGGUGGACCCGUGCCAUGAGCCUCAGGCCUUGCAUGCCGGUCCAGGAAUCUUCCAGUCCUUAUGUAGUUGUCUCCAUCAGCCACUGGGUGGCAGGCACCGUGAGGGGCGCUGGGGAUCGAUGGCAUGACCCCACCUUUGGGGACCUUGCUAGGCGCCCUGUCAGGACCUCACUCUCCUGCUCACCGUCCCCAGCCUGGCACCCCCCAGCAUUAGCCGCAGCCCCCGAGCUGGAGCCUGAGCCGGGGAUGGGAGUGAUGGUCGCACAGGGCAUGUUUGGGAAGGACGAUGGGCAGAUCCAGUGGAUCCAGUGGUACAUGGCUCGGCCUCCCCAGGAAGCCCUCAACCGCACGUGGUAUGACCACUACUAUGGAGAUCAGGACUCCUACCUAGUCAUCCUGCUCCCCAACCCCUUCCCUCCGGGGCACUGGGCUGUGCCGAGAUCCUGGAGGUGCUGUGGGCAGACCCAGGAGAUAUGUAAUGGGUGGCUCAAGCCGGGCUCCCAGUAUCGGUUCAGCGUCGUGGCCUUCACCAGACACAGCACUCCUAAGACUGUUCUCUCGUUCUCGGCCUUCUCAGAGCCCCGGAUUGGUGUCUCGCGGGCAGCAAUGCCCCCCACAGCGGCGGCGGGCAUCGUGGUGGCUGGCGUCCUCACCGUCUGUGCUGUGCUGGGCCUGUUGUACUGGAGGCGGGUGAGGGGGCAGAGCGAAGAGAAGAGCCACUUUUCCCAAGAGCUGACAGCUUACAACCUGCUGUGCUCCCACUGGCCGAUCCCCGUCCACAGCUUCUGGCAGAGCUACGAGGCCAAGAGCGUGCAUGCCCACCAGGCUUUCUUCCAGGAGUUUGAGGAGCUGAAGGAGGUGGGCAAGUAACAGCCCAGACUGGAGGCCGAGCCCCCCGCCAACACCGCCAAGAACCAUUACCCACACGAGCUGCCCUAUGACCACUCCCUGGUGCGGCUGGCCCCACUGGAGGGAGAGCCCCACUCGGACUACGUCAAUGCCAACUUCCUCCUGGGCUAUGCCCACUCGCAGGAGUUCAUCACCACGCAGGGGCCCCUCAAGAAGACUCUGGGGGACUUCUGGCGGCUGCUGUGGGAGCAGCAGGUCCGCGUCAUCCUCAUGCUGACCGUGGGCAUGGAUAACGGCCGGGUGCUGUGUGAGCACUACUGACCGGCCGACCCCACCCCUGUCAGCGGUCAUGUCACCGUCCACCUCCUGGCCUAGGAGCCCCAGGAUGAGUGGACCACGCGGGAGAUCCUGCUACAGUAUAUGGCCCAGCAGCAGCCACGGAGGGUGAGACAGCUGCAGUUCACCACGUGGCUUGACCACAGUGUGCCCGCAGCCCCUAGCUCGCUGUUGGCCUUCGUGGAGCUGGUGCAGGAGCGAGUGAGGGCCUCCCGGGGCCCUGGGCCCAUCCUGAUGCACUGCAGUGCGGGUGUCGGCCGCAGCGGCACCUUCGUGGCCCUGUUGAGGCUGCUGCAGCAGCUGGAGGAGGAGCGGGUGGUGGACGUGCUCAACACAGUGUACACGCUGCGGCUGCACCGGCCCCUCAUGAUUCAGACCCCUAGCCAGUACAUCUUCCUGCACAGCUGCCUCCUGAACAAGAUUCCGGAGGGGCCCUCGGACCCCUCUGAGCUCCAGCCCAUCACCGCGGCCAGCUUCACCCAGGCAUGUGCAGAGAGGGCGGCCAACACCAACGCCGGCUUCCUGCAGGAGUACGAGCUCCUGCUCCAGGUCAUCGGGGAUGACGCUGGCUCUCUGAUGCCCUGCCCUGGCCGUGAGCAGGACAGCACUGUCCCCUGUGAUCUCACAUUCCACCUUUCCUCAGACGCCCGUCCCCAGGUGGAGGAGACCCCCUCUCACGAGAUACCGGAAGCCUGGCUCUUCCCUGGCGGGCCUUCCGGCCGAGACCACGUGGUGUUGACUGGCCCCAUGGGGCCAGAGGAGCUCUGGGAGCUGGUAUGGGAGCGCGGGGCCCGUGUGCUGGUCUCCCUGUGCCCGCCUGACGCCGGGGAGAAGGUGAGGGAAGUCUGGCCAAUGGAGAAGCAGCCCAUAGCCCUGCAUGUGGUGACAGUGCGCUGGGUGGCUGAGAGCAGCAUGGCAGGCUGGCCCUGUACCCUCCUCAGGGUCACAUACGGUGAGAGCAGGCAGGAGAGGCUGGUGCAGAGCCUGCAGCUGCCGUGCUGGGAGCCGGGGCAUGCCCUCCCUGCCACCACCCUGCUGCCCUUCCUGGCCGCUGUGUGCCAGUGCUUCUCGGGGGACACGGAGAAGCCGGGCACGCUGCUCAGCCACUCCAGCCACGAUGCGGCCCCACUGGACACCUUCCUGGCCAUGGCCCAGCUGCUGCAGCAGGUUGGGGCUGAGGGCACAGUGGACGUCUUCAACGUGGCCCUGCAGCAGUCACAGGCCUGUGGCCUCAUGAACCUGACGCUGGAGCAGUACAUCCACCUCUUCAACUGUCUGAACCAGGCACUGCUGGACGGGCUUCCCUGAGUCUCUCAUGAGGCCGUGCAGGAGCAGAGGAGGCC